AUGACCGACCAUCAGGACACUUGCACUUCCGCCGCCCUCGCCCGUGUCCGAGUCGCGCCUGACAACAACUGCCUCUUCUCGACGGCCGCGUACCUCGCCGACCCGGACCCCGACACGCGAGCCCUGCUGCUCGGCCACGACAGCGUGGCCGACUACGGCGCGUGGAUCCGCGUGGAGACGCACUGGGGCGGCGAGCCCGAGAUCCUGAUGCUCGCGCAGCACUACAAUGUCCAGAUCGUGCUCGCGUCGUGCGAAACACUCCGCUGCUCGACAUACUCGGCCGACGCGCCGACGGCGAGCGUGUUCGUGCUCUACACGGGGCAGCACUACGACCCGCUGGUGGGACAGCCCGCUGCUAGCGACGCCGGCGCGAGCCCGCUGCGCCGCCUCCCGCUCGACGCCGGCGUUCGCCUCGCGGCGAGCGCGAUUGAGAUUGCGAGGGCGCACAACGCCGAGGCGGAGCGGAGGAAGCUGGAGCGGCGCGUGAAGAGGAUCAAGUGCGGCGGGUGCGGCGCGAUCGUCGCCGACAACGCCGCCUUCCAGGCGCACUGCACCGAGGUGGAGCACGACGACGACUUCACGUACGAGUGCGAGCAGGUCGAGCUCGUGCUGGGCGAGGGCGACGAGCUCCCCGACGGCCACCACGAGGCGGUAGGCGUGCACGCCUUCUACAACGCCCUCUCGUCGGAGGCGCUCUCGCUCUCGAUGCGCUGCACGCUCGCCCCCUUCGAGCUCGACGGGAAGAGGUACCCCACCCUCGAGGCGGCCAUCACCGCCGACGCCGUCGCCGACCUCCCCUCCUCCGAGCAGCGCGCCGCAGCGGUGCUGUCGGCGGUGCGUGCGCAGUACGCCUCCGAGGCGGCCGAGGGCUCGGGCCUGGCGGCGCACCUCCUUGCGACGGGAGACAAGCUGCUCGCGUGCGCGGGCGACGGCAUCUCGACGGGCGAGAACCGGCUCGGCAAGGCGCUGAUGGCGGCCCACACCGCGCGCCGCACGUGCGAUUUGGGAGACUUUUGCUAA